AUGCAUCUGUUUUACUUUAAAGAUAAGUCUGAUUUUGCAAUGGAGAGCAUAGAAAAUAUGACGCGGUAUGUGCCACUUACUAUUAUGCUGGUUUUAGAGUUGGUUCAAACUUCAGCCAUUUUUGAACUCAUAGGCACUAUGAGUGAAAAGUUAAAAGAUGCCGUAUACGGUGUCCCGUGGGAGCAUAUGGACAUCAAGACUAGAAGAACAGUAACAAUAUUCCUUAUAAACGUACAAGAGCCUAUAUAUGUGCAGGCUUUAGGGCUGGCUCAAAUAGGACUUGCGCAAAUGGCCGCGGUAAGCUUCAACAUGACGCCAAACAGAUAA